AAGUGCCCAGGGCGCUGGCGGCUGGUCUAUCCGAGCCAUGGGAGCUCCGGGCAGAGGCAGCGGUGGCGGCCGCAGAGGCGGCGGGGGCUGCCCAGGCGGGGGCGAGCGGCGCGGGACGCGGGCCGGGUAGCACGGGCCGAGCGCCGAGCCAUGGGCCGGGUUGGAGCCGGGGGCACAGCGCGGGCGGCAGCGGCCGGGUCCCUGCUGCCGCUGCUGCUGCUCCUGGCUCGGCCUCCGCCUGCCGCCGCCGGCAACAGCAAGGAGAGCGAGGCUGGACUGGUAUCUGAGCACUUCUCACAGGCCCCACAGAAGCUGUCCUUCUACAGCUGGUAUGGCAGCACGCGGCUCUUCCACUUCCGCGUGCCCCCGGACACGGUGCUGCUGCGCUGGCUGCUGCACGUGUCCCAGGGAGGUCCCUCGUGCAGCGACGUAGAGAUCACAGUGCAUUUCCGCUCUGGCGCCCCUCCCGUCAUCAACCCGCUGGGCACCAGCUUCCCUGACAACACGUGGAGCCACGCCUCCUUCCACAUCAGCACUCCGCUGAGCACCAUGCUGCUGGGCAACACCUCAGUCAACGUCUCCCACCCAGCCCCCGGGGACUGGUUCCUGGCUGCUCACCUCCCUCCCUCUUCCCAGAAGAUCCAGGUGAAGGGCUUUGUUCCCACCUGUGCCUACAUCUUCCAGCCUGAAAUGCUGGUAAUGAGGGCGGUUGAAGUCUCCAUCCUAGAGCCUGAUGUUCCCCUCCCACAGACGCUGCUCUCCUACCCCAGCUACCUCAAGAUCUUUGUCCCUGAAUACACCCAGGAGCUUCGGUUGGAACUGCAGGGCUGUGUGUCCAGUAUGAGCCCCGGCUGCCCAGUUCGUCUUACAGCCGGUGCAACCACCCUGCCGAGAAACUUCCAGAGGGUGCUGGCUUGCUCUGGCCUCGCUCCAGCCUGCCAUUUGCUACUGUCCUCUCCGCCCUGGGGCCGCUGGUUACAAGUGACAGUUGAGAGCCUGGCUGACCCUCACGUGACAGUGGGCUUCACUGCUAAAGCUGCCUUUACAGCAUGUAGGCCGUGGAGUGUGACCUUCCAUCAACUUAUACAAAAUGUCCCAAACCAGACUUUUGAUACCUCUGUCGUCCAGCCGUCCCAAAGCGCUGCCCACCCGGACCCGGCCAGGAGUAGCAGGGUAGACAGUGGCCCCUUCUGUCUCCUGAACUAUCCAGUCCUGAGGGAGGACACAGAUGUGGUAUCUGUACACUUCCAGCCCCUGAACGGGGCCUUCGUGCUGGUGCAUUCGAGCAUGCCUUCUGUACUUCAACUCCGCCUUGACACAGGCAUGGACAGUGGAGGCUCCUUCAUCGUCGUCCUGCGGACUAACAAGACAGAGGUCACAAAUGGCACCUUGGUGGCAGCUUGUGUGACCGCUGCCUCACCUUUCCUCAGCUUCAACACUUCCCUCAACUGCACCACAGCCUUCUUCCAGGGCUAUCCCAUGUCUCUGAGUGCCUCAUCUCACAUGGCCAACCUCAUCAUCCCCUAUCCGGAGACAGACAACUGGUACCUCUCCUUGCAGCUUGUGUGCCCUGAGAGUUCUGAGGACUGUGAACAGGCCGCGGUUCGCGUGGAGACCAUCUUGUAUCUGGUGCCCUGUUUGAAUGAUUGCGGGCCCUACGGCCAGUGUCUCCUGCUCCGCAGAUACGGCUAUCUGUACGCAGGCUGCAGCUGCAAGGCAGGUUGGCGUGGGUGGAGCUGCACCGACAACAGCACAGCCCAGACCGUAGCCCAGCAGAGGGCAGCAGCGCUUCUGCUCACGCUCAGCAACCUCAUGUUCCUGGCCCCCAUUGCUAUAUCCCUGCACCGCUCCUUCCUGGUUGAGGCCUCUGUCUACUUUUACACCAUGUUCUUCUCCACGUUCUACCAUGCCUGUGACCAGCCUGGGGAGGCAGUGUUGUGCAUCCUUAACUAUGACACGCUACAGUACUGCGACUUUCUGGGCUCUGGGGCGUCCACCUGGGUGACCAUUCUUUGCAUGGCCCGUCUGAAGACAAUCCUGAAGCAGGUACUGCUUGUCCUGGGCACGCUCGUCAUCGCCAUGUCCUUGCAGAUGGAUCGCAGGGGCAUCUGGAACUUGAUGGGACCUUGUGUCUUUGCUUUUGUGAUCAUGGCCUCCAUGUGGAUAUACCGCUGUGGGCACCGGCGCCAGUGCUACCCUACCUCAUGGCAGCGCUGGGUCUUCUACCUCCUGCCUGGCAUCUCCAUGGCUUCUGUAGGCAUCGCCAUGUACACUUCAAUGAUGACCAGUGACAACUACUACUACACUCACAGCAUUUGGCAUAUCCUACUGGCUGGUAGUGCAGCGUUUCUUCUGCCACCACGAGAGGAAAAAGCUGGGUCCUGGGCCUGUUUGCAGAAGUUCCCCUGUCACUACCAGAUCUGCAGGAAUGAUCGGGAUGAGUUGUACGCAGUGACAUGAUAAGGCUGGCUCGUGGGCAUCUGAAGACCUCUUCAGCUAGGACAGGAACGAGAGGUGCCCAUCUAGCCCCAACCAGGUUUCCAUCUGAAUAAAAUUGUCCUGACA